GCUCUGGGGAUUUCCCACAAGGCCCCGCCCCCAGCUGAGUCACCAAGCUCCCCUCUUUGAGACUUUGACCUGCAGCCCGGUUCAGCUGCAGAGCCUCAGAACUCUGAAGAGCAAGGAGAAGAAUGUUCUCUGUCCUGUGAUCUCAAGAGAGAUAUUUGUGAAACCAGCUCCUUUGAUUAAAAUCCUUUUCGAAGCUGCUUCGCUACGAGACCUAUGCAAGAUUUCAUCAUGGGAAAUGGCUACUACAACAUAGUGGCUACUGUGCUGCUGGUCAUGAAUUUUGAGAGGACAAGAUCAGUGCCGGAUCCCUGCAGCAACUGUUCAGCAGGUACUUUCUGUGGGAAAAACAUACAAGAGCUUUGUAUGCCUUGUCCCUCAAAUAGUUUCUCCAGCACAAGUGGACAAAAGGCUUGUAACGUAUGCAGGAAGUGUGAAGGUGUUUUCAGGACCAAGAAGGAGUGUUCCUCCACCAGCAAUGCAGUGUGUGAGUGCGUGCCGGGAUUCCGCUGUCUGGGGGCGGGAUGUGCCAUGUGUGAAGAGUAUUGCCAGCAAGGUCAAGAGUUAACGCAAGAAGGUUGUAAAGACUGUUCCUUUGGGACAUUCAAUGAUGAGGAACAUGGCGUCUGUCGACCCUGGACGGACUGUUCUUUGGCUGGAAAGCCUGUCCUCAUGAAUGGGACGAAGGCAAGAGACGUGGUGUGUGGACCAAGGCCAACGGACUUCUCUCCAGGUCACACUUCCCAUGUCAUCAUCUUCUUUCUUGCACUGAUGUCAACUGCAGUCUUUGUCCUGGUAUCCUACCUGGCGCUCCGUUUCUCUGUUGUUCAACAGGGCAGGAAGAAACUCCUGUAUAUAGUCAAACAACCGUUUCUGAAGCCAGCGCAAACGGUCCAAGAGGAAGAUGCCUGCAGCUGCCGGUUUCCAGAAGAAGAGGAAGGCGAGUGUGAACUAUGAAUCGGAAAUCCAGAGAGGUGCUGGGACUCUCUUGAAAAGACUCACAGGAGAACUAUGGGGGACCCCGCUAGCACAUCUUUUCUAAAUUGCACCAUCCCAGAGAGGACCCAGAAGGACCCCAAUCUUUUUUUUCUAAAUGCUCAUGAGUUGGCCUUUAAAGAUGUACCCCUUGUAACAGAACCAAGCACGGGACAGAACUGAUGGCAUUUCCUAGAUACGGUUUAAGGGGCGUGGGCUACGUUUCUUGAAAUCCAAAGAGAAUUAUUUCUUAAAUUUGAUCUUGAAGGCCAAUGGUACAGCUAAAAAUUAUAAUCACAGUCAAUUCCAAUUUUUUUCUUUUUUUAGAUGCCAACCCAACAUAAGGCAAUAAGCCAUAAGAUGCAGGAAAUAUCCUCGACCAGAUGUUCCCUUGGCUCAGUCAUCCAGCGCAAUGAUGUCCUCCUCUGUCUGGGGGAGAAGGACAACAGUCAUCAUUAUUGCUCUAGUUUGGGGUCAAGAGGAAAAAAAAAAAAAACCCCAACUUGCCCAAAACCCAGACCUUGAGGAAGAGUUUUGGAAAGAAUCCAAUGUCCCCGUAUAACCUGAGGUCCUCUUCAUCUUCCCGUCUUCUGCCUUUGUCCUCCUGUCUUCGGAGCCAGGGCUUCCUUUUUUUUUUUUUUUUCUUUUUAAUUCUUAAAACUUUACUAAGGGAAUUCCCACUGUGGCUCAGCAAGUUAUAAGCCCAAUUGCUAUCCAUGAGGAUGCAGGUUCAAUCCCUGGCCUCGCUCAGUGGAUUGCGGAUCUGGCAUUUCCGUGAGCUGGGGCGUCCGUUGCAGACUUGGCUUGGAUCUGGCGUGGUUGUGGCUGUGGCUGUGGUGUAGGCUGGCAGCUGCAACUCUGAUUCAACCCCUGGCCUGGGAACUCCCUUAUGCCCCACAAGCGGCCCUAAAAAGCAGAAUAAUAAUAAUAAUAAAAAAAGCCCUUUAGCAGUAAUAUAUGAAACAGGAAUGAAUGCAUAGCCCAGCCAGAGCGCCGGAGCAGAAGCUGCCAAACACCUACAAGGCCAAAUCUGAGAUGUGUGUGGCUUCUGAGCUAAGGAUGAUUUUUACAUGUUUAAACAGGUAAAAGCAAAUCAAAAUCGGCAUAAUAUCUCAUGGCGUGCAAAAUUAUAUGAAAUGCAAAUUUCAGAGUCUGUAAGCAGUUUUUCGUGGAGCACCUAACCACGGUCAGGUGGCCUUUGCAUUACAACCGCAGAGCUGAGUAUUUGGAACAGAGACUGAAUGGCCCACACAGCCUAGAAUAUUUAAUAACUGACUCUUUAGAGGGUCAGAGUCAAGGUCAGAGCAUCCAUCUGUGUGCCGCUUCCCUCUUCAUCUCCUGCCUACCUCCCUCCCUCCCCCAACCCCAGGCAACUUUCCUCAAGAAUGUUGUCAUCAAGCCCUCACUUAAAAAAAAAAUCAUUUACCGUAUUAUUAUGAACACAACUAUUUUAUUUAGUUUUGUUUGUUUUUGAGCUUUCUGAGCAUGGUAUUGUGCUCUAUGGAAACUUACUGGGCUUUACCUAUUCAAAAGUAUAUUUAUCAUCACGUUACUGUGUGUCGCGAGAACGCUUUCAUUUUGGCUGCUGUAUUGUUUUGCAAAUAUACCAUUAUUUAUCAACCCA